AGGGAGAUAAGAUUCAAGGAGGGCAUCGUAAUGAUCGCUUGGUUUAUAUAUCAGUAAGAUCAACGGGCACAAAUGCACGUAAAUAAGGGUACAUUUAAUGCAAUGAUACCAGUUACUGUCGUUGGAAUUCCAGUUGUCCCGAUAAGCCCACCAUCUCAGAAUCUCCCAAAAGUGAGGGAUCAAUUGACGAAACAGUUGAUACGAUGACCUGACGGACGCCUGCUAUGUGUAGACAGGUAUCAAUCACAGAUCUUGGAGGGCGUCAAGCAACAGCACCAGGACUAAUCCAUAAUACCUAUUACCUUAGUGAUUAUUAGCUGCAGCGAAAAAUGUCUGCAUCCACAGUCACUGAUUUGUCUGCGUCUGCAAAUAAAUACGAGUUUACGCCAACACAAGACUGGUUUAGCAACAACAUUCCAUCCUGGAAAAGCCUCUUCCCAUUAGUGACUUCGCCUGAGCCACGUAUCCUAGAAAUCGGGUCCUGGGAAGGACGCUCGGCAGUUUUUCUGCUCACCACACUCUGCGCCCAAGGCGGUGAGAUCGUCUGUAUCGACCAUUUCGAUCUUAUGCGUACUCCCGCGGGACGUGAGCGCCACCGCAAGCUCUCGCAAAAUCUCCCACAAACGGGUCGCCCAUUUCGCAUACUCCCCCAGUUCAGCGUCCCCGCACUAUAUGCGCUCCUGGAAGAGGAGAUAAUGCGGGAUGCAGGCGCCGGAUUCGACUGGGUGUAUGUGGAUGGGUCGCACCGCGCAGAUGACACGCUCCUGGAUGCAGAGCUUGCAUGGCGCCUUGCGCGUGAGGGAUGCAUAUUCAUUUUCGACGACUAUAACUGGCCUGAGCAGCCCGUUGAAAGUGUGCAUCAUCCCCGCCGCGGCAUUGAUGCAUUCCUUGCGCUUCAUGCAGGGGAGUAUGAGCUUCUGUCUGAAGAUCCAGAGCAGUACCAGUUAAUCUUGAAGAAGACCUGUGAGAUGCGGAUCGGAUUCCUCAUAGAAGAGAGUGUUGAGCAACGCUUCGCAAGCGCUCUGGGCUGCGGGAUUUAUUUGGUCCUCGCCAUCGACACCUCGUAUGCGAUGGCAGCAGCUGUCACGAUUCGCAGCGCCAUCGAGAAGACCGCGGGACGUAUGACAAUUUAUAUUGUGGACUGUGGACUUUGCGUCAAAGACAAAGAAGAUAUCAAGUUGUCGCUUCCCGAGCGGCACAACGUUACCCUAGCAUUCCUGGAUCUUCCGACUGGAAGUCUAGCUGCGGAAUUAGGCCCAACCUGGGCGAAGAUUGACAUGAUGAAGAUCCUGCCAGUGGAGCGGGCUUUGUACCUGGACGCAGACAUGCUGGUACGCAAGAGUCUGGAAGAGUUGUGGAACACCGAUUUGGAGGGCUCCUCGAUUGGUGCAGCGAUGGAUGUUGGAUUCCCGAUGGGUCACGAUGACGUCACACAAAGACGGUAUUUCAACGCAGGCAUGCUCCUGAUUGACCUAGCAAAGGCAAGAACGCGCCUGUCUGAGCUUGAGGCUCGGGUGCGCAAGAUGAAAGAGGCUCGCUAUGGCGAUCAGGAUGUACUGAAUGCGCACUUCGCUGGCGAUUGGGCCGAAGUGAGCCUGAGCUGGAAUGCGCAGGGACUCGGAACCUAUGCAGAGACUGGCUCGGCUGACAGAGAGGCUUUGGCAUUGGGAGACAUGAAGGAUCCUGGAGUCGUGCACUUCACAGGGCCAGUUCAUCCUGGCCUUGUGGCGGUGCUCAAUCCGUUCGUGCAGCCGUACACAUCCAAACCUUGGGGUUAUGCGGGUGCACCAGGACACCCAUUCAAAGACGAAUGGUGGGGUGCGUUGAACGAGACGGCAUGGGCAGGGUGGCAGGGAUCAACACAAUACCAUGAGAUGUGUGUGAGAGAGAAAAAGAAAGCGAUUCAAGAUUCAAUCACGAAAUUCGAGACUCAAGUACAGUUCUAGGAAAAGCGUCGUUCCAUCAAUCCCACUUGAUCAUUGAAGUACUGAUAUCGGUUU